UGAUAGCACACCUUGAAUACUCUUCAAAAAGAAGUAAAGCGGACGAUUUUCAAUUUUGUAAAUUAUCCAAAAUUAAGAAAGAAAACGCUGAAUGAAAAUUCAUUUUCUCACUCAGAUCAGUUAGAACAUUACAUCAUACCAUGGCAUCCCAGUCAUUAACUCAGUCCCAGAAAGCAAUGGCAAGUAUGGACAAAGGAGAGCAACAGAGAAUUGUUAAUGAUACAGUCAAAUUCCUGCUAGUUCUAGAUCAGAAAAAAAUUCCUAUCAAGAAAGCAGGCCUGUUGGGUGCACAAAUUCAGCUUAGUAGAUAUAAAUCAGUGUUGCCAUCAUUGAAAAGUUUGUAUAAUUAUGUUAAUCAGGUAAAGCGUGGGGAAAAAAAUCAUGUUUCUCAUUUCUGGUUUCUUUUUUUUCCAGAGCAGCUUUGGGGUGGACUGAAAAAGUUUGGUAUAGAAGCUGAAAUUCCUCAUGAAGUAUUCGGUGAUGUGAAGAAAUUGGUCACACAAGAAUGGGUCAGACAGUGCUACCUGGAAAUAACAAGAAUGCCUAAUACAGACCCUCCUCUUUCUGAGAUCAAAUGGGGUCAAAGGGCACAACUAGAAAUCUCAAAACGAAAUGUACUCGGUUUUGUGAGCAAGAUAUAUAACAUUGAAGAACUUUCACAAUGGACUAGCCAAUGGCAGGAUGUACUGUCAUCUGAGGGACAAGCCGAGGACCAGCCAUCAUGAUGCUUGUAAUAAACUUUAUUUAUCAGGGAACCAGUCAAACAGGAAUUGUUCUGUCACAAGUCUAAUUCUUGUAAACCAAUCAAAUUAGUCGUAACACAAUGGUUUAUUUUUAGAACUAAUGUAAAUUGAUGUUCACAAUGCAGUUUGUAAACUUAUUAAUAAGAUAACAAAAAUUCACGUUUUGAGAAAUAAAAAUAAUAGCAUUUCUGAGGCAUAAUGGGCCUAGUAC